CCAAGUUUUUGGCUUGACUUGUCUUCCCCUCUGCCCUCUGUUUUCCAAUUUUGUUUUUGGCUACAUUUUUUUCUCUUAGUUUUCAUUUUGUGUAUAUAUAUAUAUAUAUUUCCCUCCCUUUUUUCUUUUUGAAAAGGCUUUAAAAAUUGCAGAUAGUAACUGUCACUAACAACUCCCUCCCUCCCUCCACGAACUUUCUUCUUCUUUUUGUUUUCCUGUUUUAAAUGCGAAUCCUCUCCUUCAUUUUCCAUUGCUUUUAAGUCUUUAUAAGAUCAAAGACAAAACGGCUGUUGCUCUGUUUUGUCUCUCUCCCUGGUUUUUGUUUGGUUUGUCUGAAAAUAUUCGAAACCAAUUACCUAAACAAUUUUUCGGUCACCGGGAUUUUCGAAAAAUGAAAUGGAACUUAUUUUUGAGUAUUGACUUCAUUAAGGGCCUGGAUUAUAGGACUAGACUCAAAAGGUUUGAAUUUAUUACACUUGAAGAAACCGCCACAUAACUUGAACGAAUUCAUGAAUCUCCGGCGACAAAGAUUUGUAAGGUUCCAAGAUUGGAAUUCAGAUGAUGGAUUGUUUCAAAUGAAAGUUGGACAAUCAUUGAAUGCAUUUAUGGAGCGUCUCCAAGGAGUGUUUGAGAAGGGUGUUGAAAGGAUUAGAAGCUUGAAGAAAUCAAUAAGUUUCCGAUCUUUGGGCAGUAAUCCGGCAACUGAGAAGGCAAAGGCAUUGGGUUCCAAGAAGAGAAUUCUUAAUCCACAGGGACAGUUUCUUCAGACAUGGAACAAAAUGUUCCUUUUAUCAUGUGCCAUUGCUCUUGCUGUGGAUCCCUUGUUCUUUUACAUCCCUGUGGUCGAUGGCCGUCGCAAAUGCCUUAAUUUGGAUGACAGAUUGGAAAUUACAGCUAGCGUGCUUCGAACAUUCAUAGAUGCCUUUUAUAUACUUCACAUGAUCUUUCAGUUCCGCACUGCAUUUAUCGCCCCGUCGUCCCGGGUAUUUGGUAGGGGUGAGUUGAUUGAGGAUCUUUGGCCAAUAGCGAAGAGAUACUUGUCCAAGUAUUUCAUCAUUGAUGUUCUGGCAAUUCUUCCACUCCCACAGGUGGUAAUCUUAAUUAUAACUCCAACAAUCAAAGGCUCGGUUUCAUUGGUCACAAAGGACUUGUUGGAAUUCAUUAUUUUCGCCCAGUAUGUUCCGAGGAUCAUUCGAAUCUUUCCUCUUUACAAAGAAGUUACAAGAACUUCUGGCAUACUUGCAGAAACAGCAUGGGCUGGAGCUGCUUUGAAUCUCUUCCUCUAUAUGCUAGCCAGUCAUGUAGUAGGAGCCUUUUGGUACUUGUUCUCAAUAGAACGAGAAGACAGCUGCUGGCGCAAUGCCAUAGGCGAAGGUGAAGAAAGUGCAUUGUACUGUGAUAAACACACUACGACCAUAAACACCACAUUAGUGAACUUGCUGAAUAGUUCAUGCCCAUUUAUAAAUCCUGAUGACAUAAAGGAUUCCAAGGCCUUCAACUUCGGUAUAUUCAUCGAUGCACUUGACUCACGGGUGGUAGAAACUUGUGAUUUUCCAAAAAAAUUCUUUUACUGCUUUUGGUGGGGUUUGCGUAAUUUAAGUUCUCUGGGUCAAAAUCUCAAAACCAGCACUUUUGUGUGGGAAAUACUCUUUGCUAUCGUGAUCUCCAUUGCUGGACUGGUUCUGUUUUCACUGCUUAUUGGGAAUAUGCAGAAAUAUCUGCAGUCGACUGGAGUCAGAGUCGAGGAAAUGAGAGUGAAAAGGCAAGAUGCAGAACAAUGGAUGUCCCAUCGAAUGCUACCUGAGAACCUGAGGGAACGUAUUAGGAAGUAUGAGCAGUAUAAAUGGCAAGAAACCAGAGGGGUUGAAGAAGAGACGUUGAUUUCCAGCCUUCCUAAAGAUCUCAAGAGGGAUAUAAAGAGGCAUCUUUGCUUGGAUCUUCUCAAGAGAGUGCCAAUGUUUGAAAAAAUGGAUGAGAGACUGUUAGAUGCAAUGUGUGAUCAUCUCAAGCCGGCGCUUUACACUGACAAGAGCUACAUCGUCCGAGAAGGGGAUCCAGUAGAAGAGAUGCUGUUUAUCAUCCGAGGAAAUCUAACAAGUACGACCACCAACGGUGGAAGAACCGGCUUCUUCAAUGCAGUUCAUCUCAAGGCUGGUGAUUUUUGUGGAGAUCAUCUUCUUACAUGGGCCUUGGAUCUCCAGUCCUCAUCCAACCUACCUAUCUCAACUAGAACCGUGCAGGCCUUAACUGAAGUUGAAGCCUUUGCUUUAAUGGCUGAUGACUUGAAGUUCGUUGCCUCCCAGUUCCGUCGUCUUCACAGCAAGCAGUUCCAGCACACUUUCAAGUUCUACUCGGUGCAAUGGCAGACUUGGGCAGCAUCUUUUAUACAAGCGGCAUGGCGCCGGUACUUCAAGAGGAAGCUUAUGAAAUCCCUUCGUGAAGCAGAGGAUAAGCUGCAGAAUGCUUUGGCAAAAGAGUCCGGAACCUCGCCAAGUCUCGGAGCCACUCUUUAUGCAUCAAAGUUUGCUGCCAAUGCAUUGCGAACCUUGCGGAAAAAUGGUUCGCAAAGCACCAGGCUGCCUCAAAGAUUACCACCACUUCUUCCUCAAAAACCAGCCGAGCCUGAUUUUACAGCUGAAGACAGCUGAUUAACAGUUUUUAUCAUAAAACGCAUUAUUCCAAACAGAUAUAUGUAUAGUUUUUUCCCCA